GGAAAAUUAAAAAAAACAAAUAAGUGAUACCCGCUUAAAUCAGCGAAUCAAGUGAUAGGGUCCAGACUUAGUAUACUUCAUUCAUACAUUCACAACUAUGGCAGCAGCUGGGAGAGAAAUUCCUCUUAAGAAAGGUGAAUCUGCAUUACUGGUGAUUGACAUGCAGAAGGGAUUUGCAGUUCCAGGUAAAGGUAUCUGUAGUGACAUAGAUCCAGAAAACAUCCCAGAAAAGGACCAGUAUCUUUUCAACAGAAUAUCACAACUCGUUGUUCCAAAUGUUGCUGAAUUAAUUCGUCACUGCGAACAAAACAAAUGUGAAGUGAUAUACACAUAUGUUGAGAACCUAACACAAGAUGGAAGAGACCGUAGCCUGGACUAUAAGAUUACUGGAUUCAGUUUUCCUAAAGGAUCCGAAGAUGCUGAACUUCUCGAUGAAAUAAAACCAAUUCGUCCUGAAGACACUAUCAUGAUUCCAAAAACUGCAUGCAGCGUUUUCAAUUCAACCAAUAUUGAGUAUGUUUUGCGAAACUUAGGUGUUACACAAUUGGCCGUAUGUGGACUUGUUACAAACCAAUGUGUAGAGAGUGCUGUACGCGAUGGCGCGGAUAAAGGAUUCUUGAUAUCAGUAUUGGAGGAUUGUAUCGCCACUCACGACCAGCCAGCUCAUGAUGCAGCUCUUAAGAACAUGAAAGGUUUUGGCAGGAUUGUCAGCUACAAAACCAUUAUGGAAGAAUUAACAAAGUGGCAGUAAUUUCAGAUCUUUUUCCUGAACUUGAUGCCAUUUUAGUAAAAGAAGAACAUCAUGUAGAGAGCUGUAUUGAACAUAUAUCUUCAAAUAUUGAAAGAUAUUGAUGAAAAAAAUAACAUUAAUACUUUACGACUGAAUUUGAUAUGACUAAAUGCAUCUUGUGUUUUUAGGACACAGAUGACUUCUAGUUUAUAUACAGAGUAUUCUGAUUGGUAGUGAUAGUUUAUGAUUUUGGAGGGUGGAGGAUGACUAUCUUUGAGUGGUGAAGGGGCUUUAUCCUUAGUCAUGUCUCAUCUCUUUUAAUG